AGUGCGCUCCCGAUUGUGCAGGAGACCUGUUGGAAAAAGAAAGAAAUAGCGAGAUGGCAGUAAUCACGUCGAAUUGGAGCCUGGACGCCUGGAUCUUCAUAUCCGCUGUGCUACUGGGCCUCUACCUGUACUUCGCGAGAAAAUUCAGCUAUUGGAAAAAGCGAGGUGUGAAGUACGUCGAGCCUACGUUUCUCUUCGGCAACGCGGCACCCUGCCUCAUCGCCGCAAAAAAGCCCGACGAUUUGAUCCGCGAAUUUUAUGAAGAGGGCGCGGGAGAAAAGGUCAUCGGCUUUUACGUCUUCGACAAGCCCUACCUCGUAGUUCGCGAUCCGGAGCUCAUAAGGCAUGUCUUCGUCAAGGACUUCAGUAACUUCUCCAACAAGCUUCUGUGCGGCAAGAAUACCGACGUCAUGGGCAGCACUAAUCUUUUCCAAGUUAUGAAUCCACCCUGGAAGUCCAUCAGGAAUAAGUUAUCGCCGUUCUUCACCUCGGGAAAGUUGAAGAAGAUGUACGAGCUCAUGGAGGAGAUCUGCACUGAUCUCCAAGUGUAUUUGGACAAAUUGGAAAUCGACGAAAAAGUUGGAAAGCCCAUCGAAAUCAAGGAAAUCUGCGCGAAAUUCACGACCGAUCUCAUCGGCACAACGGCAUACGGUAUGCGUUUGAAUUCCUUGACAGACCCGAAUGCCGAGUUCCGCAAGUCUGGUCGAGAAAUGUUCAGAAGCAGUUUCAUGCGUUACCUGCAAAUGCUGGCCAUCUUCUUUAUACCACCGCUGCGGCCGUACAUCAAUGCCAAGUUUUUCGACGUAAGACCAACCGAAUUUCUGCGCAAAGCUUUUUGGCACGUGAUCAACGAGCGUAUCGCGACCGGCAUCAAGAGGCCAGACCUUCUGGACAUGCUGAUCGAAAUCAAGAAUAAUCAGGAUAACGGCACAGACGACACCUUCAAGUUGGAAGGGGAUGCCUUGGUCGCUCAAGCGGCAAUAUUUUUCACUGGUGGUUUCGAGACGUCUUCGACAACUAUGUCUUUCGCUUUGUAUGAACUGGCGAGAAAUCCCGAGACGCAAACAAAGUUGAGAAAUGAGAUUUUGAGCGCUCUAGAAACGACUGGAGGAAAAGUAACUUACGAUAUGAUCACAACGCUGCCUUAUCUGAAUAUGGUGACACUUGAGGCAUUGAGAUUGUAUCCUGUUAUUUCUUGGCUGGACCGACUGCCAGAAGCCGACUACACAUUUCCUGGAACGAAUAUUACCGUUGAAAAGGACGUUCCAGUGAUUUUACCAAUGAGGACCUUGCAUCUAGAUCCCCAGUAUUUCCCUAAUCCAGACCAGUGGGAUCCCGAAAGAUUUUCGGAGGAGAACAAGAAAAAUAUAGUUCCGUUCACAUACUUUCCAUUUGGCGAAGGACCACGCAGCUGUAUAGGUACUCGAUUAGGAUAUAUUCAAACGAAGCUUGGUAUAUUGAACUUCAUUUCGAAAUAUGAAGUGACGACUCUUAAGGAAACGAACGUCAAAAUAGAUAAAUUAAAUAUUUUCACUCAAGCAGAAGAUGGAAUUUAUUUGAAUUUAAGGAAACUUUCGGCUUAAAUGUAUUAUUUAUACAACUAACGUCAAGCUAUUAUUAUAUUUAUUAUAUAUCUCCAUUAUUCUUUAAUAUUAUUAAAAGUAUUUUGCAAAACAUG